UCCGGGGACAGGGGACCGAGACAAAGCCCACUUUGUGCGGGAGCCGGCUGCGGCCGUGGGAUGUGCGCGUCGCCGCGCGCCCUCCCCGCGCCCCGCCAGCUGGGAAUCUUGGCUCCCGGACUCGUCGCGCUGGAGAAAUCGCUGCCCCUCUGCGCCCUCGGUUCUGGGGGGGCCCUGCUUGGAGCUGACGCGGCCUGGAGUCACCCCAGUGUCCACCCCACCCCUUCCUGAUCGCGCGCAGGUGUGAGCGUGAGAGUAUUUUGUAGAGGAAUUUGUUUGGGUUUUUGUUUUCCAAAACUGGGGGCUCUGGGGCGCCCAGUCGGCGUGGGUACUCGUGCCUUGACCCCUUCUGCGCCCCGGGGCCUGAGCCGUCUGGCCUCAGUUUCCCUCCGACUUGGCUCCUCUGCCAGCCCAGACUGCUGCCCAGCAUUGUUCUCUCAUCAAGCCGGGGUGCUUUGUGAAGGCUGCCAAGUUGGGGUGUGUUCUUUUUCAAACUGAACUAGGCCUCUAAGGCUGACCCUGGACCACUCGCCCCUCCUGUCCCCCACUUCUCGGUGAUGCACUGAUUCCCCCCGCCCCCCCACCCCAUCGUGUAGUAUUUUAUUGUGCAGGAGCCACGCCCUGGUUUCUUAAAGGCGCCUGGCACUCGGUCUGGCCAUGUGUUACCUCUGCAGCUGGUGUGGAGGAGGCCUUCUGUGAGCUACCUAUUUUUUUCCCCCUGCCUCCUAACACAUCCUCCUACCCCCACCAAGGAUUUGGGGAUGCCAGGAGGGAAGAAAGUGGUCGGGGGUGGCGGCAGCAGUGCUGCCCCUAUUGCAGCUGCCGCCCCCUCGGGGGUCAGGCGCCUGGAGACCAGUGAAGGGGCAUCGGCACAGAGAGAUGAUGAGCCAGAGGAGGAAGGCGAAGAGGACCUGCGAGAUGGAGGCGUCCCCUUCUUUGUCAACCGGGGUGGGCUGCCUGUGGAUGAGGCCACCUGGGAAAGGAUGUGGAAGCACGUGGCCAAGAUCCAUCCCCAAGGAGAGAAGGUGGCCCAGCGCAUCCGCGGGGCCACGGACCUGCCCAAGAUCCCCAUACCGAGUGUGCCUACGUUCCAACCCUCGACGCCUGUCCCCGAGCGCCUGGAAGCCGUGCAGCGCUACAUCAGGGAGCUGCAGUACAAUCACACAGGGACACAGUUCUUUGAAAUUAAGAAGAGCAGACCUCUGACAGGGCUGAUGGACCUGGCCAAGGAAAUGACCAAAGAGGCUCUGCCCAUCAAAUGCCUGGAAGCCGUGAUCCUGGGGAUUUACCUCACCAACAGCAUGCCCACCCUGGAACGCUUCCCCAUCAGCUUCAAGACCCACUUCUCAGGGAACUACUUCCGCCACAUUGUGCUGGGGGUGAACUUUGGGGGCCGCUACGGGGCCUUGGGCAUGAGCCGGCGCGAGGACCUGAUGUACAAGCCGCCCGCCUUCCGCACGCUCAGCGAGCUGGUGCUGGACUACGAGGCCGCCUACAGCCGCUGCUGGCACGUGCUGAAGAAGGUGAAGCUGGGCCAGUGCGUGUCCCACGACCCGCACAGCGUGGAGCAGAUCGAGUGGAAGCACUCCGUGCUGGACGUGGACAGGCUGGGCCGCGAGGACUUCCGCAAGGAGCUGGAGCGACAUGCCCGGGACAUGCGGCUCAAGAUUGGCAAAGGGACCGGCCCGCCUUCCCCCACCAAGGACCGGAAGAAGGACGUUUCCUCCCCACAGAGGGGCCAGUCGAGCCCCCACCGCAGGAACAGCCGCAGCGAAAGGCGGCCUUCGGGUGAGAAGAAACCUGCAGACCCCAAAGCCAUGCCAGACCUCAAUGGAUACCAGAUCCGGGUGUGAGGCGGGGACAGCUCCCCAGGCCUGCCACUUCUGGGGGCCGUGAUCCACUGCCAGAUUCAGACGUGCCCCCUUGUGGGGAGGAAGGGGCUGGUGAUGGGGCAGGGUGAGGGGUAAAGGGAAGAGUGUGUCCCAGCUCAGCCACCCAAGCUGCUGCCCCUCCCACCGAGCCACACCCCUCACUUUGGGCGGAAAGGCAGUAUUUUAUUUGGAGUUCUAAAACUCAACAACUGAAGUUUAAGUUAUUUGGGAAGAAAUGAAAACUAAUGGCUCUCCCAAUGGCUGAAAGGCCAGUGCAGAGGAGACCCAAGUGCCACAGGGCUGGUAUAGAGGGGUUGCUGGUUCUGCUGGUGCCCCUGGCAUCUCUGGGAUUUGGGCCUACCCUGUGGGAAACCUCCUGAUCCCCUCAGGCCUGUGGCAGGCCUGGAGCUGGAGUAGGGGAGGGAUGGAGGCUUCUGUUCUGCCUGCCUUGGCAGAAUCUUGACCUCGGGAAAGGGAAGCAGGGUAGGGGUUGUCCUGGGAGGGCCUGUGUAGCCCUAUCGGGAUCUUGGCACAAGUUCCUCCCUCCAGAGUGCAUGUCCAGGGUCUAGGAGAGGACGCAGGCCCUAGCAGCCCCUUGGACACUGCCAUGUGGGCAGAUAGGCCUACGAGUGUGGCCCCUUGCAGGGUGAGCUGGAAGCAGCCCAGGAGCAACCCUCUGGGAAAGAGUUCCAGCUGGGUCUCCUGGCUCGGUCCAGCUCUGCUUACUGCUGAGGCCAGGGGCCUCCCUGCAGAAAAGCUGGUCUUUGCUAGGGGGUCAGCACAUUUGGGAAUAGAGCAGACCUGGUGGAUGGCAGGAACCAUGGUUGGCGAGAUGGUGGGACACUCAGGCCUGGGUCUUUCCCCCAGCAGUGCCCAGGGGUGGGCCUGUUGCUCCCUGCUACUUCCUCUUCUCCCCCCACCUAGCUGCAGCUGAGGAAUUGAAGACCAGACCCGGAUGCUUGUUCCGGGACCCGUUUUCCCUCAUUUAGCAGCCCAGCUAGUUUGGGGCCCCAAUGAUGAUCAGAUCUAUCACAUGUGGCAGCUUGUCAGAGAAGCACCUAAACAGCUGGAGUGGUCCACAGCCUGCCUGGCAGGGAAGUGAGGGGCUGCAGAGAGAGGUUGGUAGGGCUGGGGGGAAAGUUCUGGAGGCUCAAGCAAGAAGGAGUUGUAAGGCAGUGUGGCCACUGAGGAGCAGCAGAGCCCAAAAUUGGGGGGUGUAAGUGAGGAAGGGAUGUGGGGGAGAGUUUAGAAUCAGGCUGCCUAGGGAGUAGUGAGCUCCCUGCCGCUGAGGUAGUCAAGCAAAGAUUAGAUGGUACCUUGUCAGAAGUGAUAGAGAGGAUUCAGGUGUGGAAGGGUAGCUGGAUGAGAUGAUCCUUAAGGCUUCUUUUCACGGAGAGGCUAUGAUUCAGCCUGAGGCAGCUGUGAAUAAGGUUGCAGAGGGGCUGGGUGCCUGGAAGAGGGAAGUUCAGAACAAUGAAUUUUAACUAAAUGCCUACACAGCAGACAGGUAAGUAGAAGAAGGGUUGCAGGGCUGGGUGUGGGCUGUGGUAAACUAAAGAGUGCAUGCUCCAUUAGAGGGGACUCUGCUGCUCAGCUGUGCUCACAGUGCAGGCCCUGCAUUGCCAGAUUGUCUGAUUAUUAUCAGAGACCAGAACUCUGAAUUUUUAUGUGAGGCAUCCUGAUUUUCAGACAUUAGCAGCAAUCAGUUCAGAGAAUUUAAAAACCCACUACAGGUGAAAAAAGAAUGCUAGUCUACCGUCUUGGAAGUAGAGCCUGUGCUGGGAAGAGAUUUGCAGAGAAGUCUUGAGAUGGAAAGUGUGAAAGUUCCAGGCUUCCCAGAGCAGGCUGGACCAGGCAGGGUCCUCAUUGCUGCAGCCCUUCCCAAAUGGCAGCUGCCCUGCUCAUCCUCAUCACUCCCCUUACACACAAGCGAUGCCCUGUGGUUGCUGUGCAGUUCUCAGCCUUCCAGGGCGAUGGAUGGUGCCUGGGAAGCUAAGAAAGUGGGAGGAAGGAAGGGACACAGGGUGCCUUUGCUGAUGCCAGUGCCCAUCAGGGAAGGCAUCAGGGACUGGCAGCUCUUCAAACCAGCAGCGAGUCAGCUGGUCAGUCCCUUGCCUCCCUAGGUUCCUCAGUGAUCCUGGGGAGAAACCUAAGCUCCCCCCCCACAGCCUGCCCCCUGGCCAGGCCAAUCUGAGGGGCAGUGACCCGUGACUCACCAUUCCAGCCUUCAGGUAGUGAGGGUGGUGGUCCCUGUGUCCCCACAUUCACCGGAGGCAGAUGGCUCGCUUUGGGGAGUAUGAGGCAGAAAAGGAGGCUUUGAGUCUGGAUGUGAGUUCCUCAUGAAGGCUGCAGGGGUGUUCCCUAGGCACCCCUGUGCAUGGCAGGACUCGAAGGAAAGAGACAAGAGGCAUUGGGCAGGGAGCUGGGCAGGAAGAUACAGGGAAGCUGCUCCUGCUGCGGGAGCUCUGGAAGGAGGCUCCCAGAUACAGGUCCCCCAACCCCACCCCUCUGAGGAGACAGAAGGAAGCCCCAAACCCUACUGCUGCCUGUGAGGUCGGGAGCUGAUUACCCCAAACUGAUCACCCCCUAGCACUCUUCCUUAGCUGAGACCUCGGGCCUGUGGAGACCACCACAGGGUACAGCGGUGCUUUUUAAUUUAUUUUUAACUUUUUCAUAUGUAGCAACCCCUCCUCCCUCCUGGCCGUGUUUACACAGGCUCUGCUCCCUGGGGCUGGCCUGGCUGCAGAGUUUCUGGGGAGGCAGAGGCAGGGACUUCGGGGCCUUAGUCACCAUCCUCGCUAUCACCUCAUCUUCCUGUGAGGGACGGGGGCUGGCUCCCUGACUCGGGGCUGCCUUCUAGCAUUCAGCUUGGGUUCCUCAGCCCCCAGAGGUGGGGGCUGCUGGCUGUGGCAGGGUCCAGGUGAGGUUAGAGAAAGCUGUUCCAUGAUCGCGGGGUCUCCCCAAAGCCUGGCCCCUUGCGCAGGGUCAGAACACUGGGAAGCUGGGUCCAGAGCCUUCCCACCCCUCUGCCUGCCAGCCCUAGCCCUCCCGUGGUCUCUUCCCACCAUUGGUUCCCCUGCCUGUCCUGCCCUGGGCAUGGAGGCAGUGGGGGGCGCAGCAGCCUCAGCCCUGGGGUGCCAUGAUUCCUAGAGUCAGAGGAGCCGAGUCGGCCAUGUCUGUCAUCUCACACCUGACCCUUCCAGCUCAGACUUGACUUCCUCCACUGGGACAGGGUCUCACUAUGGCUGGUCAUGGGCUGGUGGGCUCCUAGUUGUACCUGGAACGUUUUCUGGCUUAGCUGCGACACUGUCCCCAGGCCCACCCUCUGGCCUCCAAGUGCGUGGAGGGGAGGGCUGGGCCCAGCGUACUCACUCAGUCGUGUGCUAGAGCUCACCUGUGUUAAGCCCCUUCUUCCCUGUUCCCAUGAGAAACCUGUGUGAGGGGCAGGGAGCGGCCUCCGGAGGAGCCUGCACCAGGCCGGGCAGGCCUGUGCGGUGCUAGCCACAAGCCUGUCAGUAUUGCCCCCCUCACCAUCCUGGUUUCCCUUAUUCGUCUGACAAGGGAGAAGCCUGGUGUGCAUGGCCCGUGGAGCCCGUGAUGGUGGACUGCCCCCGCCCCCCAAGCUCUGUACUAGACUGUUUGUUCUUCCUGCUCUUCUCGUAACAGUAUUACCCUCCCCUUUCAUGUUCACACUUGGUCUCAUUCCUGUUCUCAUUUUUCCCCUGAAAUGAAUAAAGUCUCCCCAGCUCUGGUUGUGUGGGCUGAGCAGAGUGGCAUGUAAGCCUGCUUCCUUCGCCUAGGGCUGGGGCCUGAGCGUACACCACCCGCUACGGCCAGCCUGACCAGAAGUGGGGGUGCGGGUGGGGGUG